UUGCUUUUCCAGGGAGUGUCGGACCUGUUGGACCGAAAGGAGACAAGGGCGACAAAGGCGAGCAAGGCCUGGCGGGCAGGAUGGGUCGCAAGGGGGACAAAGGCGACCGAGGUCGCGACGGGCAGCCUGGAGUGCAGACCUACGCUCUCAACGACACCGAAGUCACGAAAAUUCUCGUUCCCCCGAAGAUCAUCAAGCCGCCGAAGGAAGCCGACUUCCGAGGAAGGAAAAAGCCCAUGGUGCUUUACGAAGGAGAAAAUUUGCGACUAGCCUGUGCUGCGUCCGGCCAGCCGGAGCCUGUUGUCGAGUGGACGAGGACAGAUGGGCAACCAUUUCGCGUGGGCAAAUGGACGACAAAUGCGGUGCUAGGGAAGUACCUAAAUUUGACUGAAAUUCAUCGGGAUCACAUGGGUGAGUACAAAUGUUCCGCAUCCAAUGGAAUCCCCCCGGACGACGAGAAGAAAUACGACGUCGAAGUGCACUUUCCUCCGUACAUCGAAGUGCGUCGUACAAUGGUGCCAGCGCCGAGAGGGUUCUGGGCCUUCCUCGUCUGCGACAUUGAAACCUACCCCGAGGCGGUGACCUAUUGGGAACGCGGUCCGAGAGAACGCGGACCCCGGGAACGUGGCACACCGGAUGAGCGAGGUUCACUUAUCGCUCCGACAGACACGUACGUCCUCAGCGUCACGCAAAAGGAGAACAGCAAGUACAAGUUCAACAUGACCCUAAACAUCACGUCUAUGAAGGAAGACGAUUACCGUCAGUACCGCUGCGUAGCGAGCAAUCUCCGGGGACUCACCAAGGGAAUCCUCACUGUGCACGAGGUCAGCCCAGAUAACUUCAACCCGGUUCCGUACGACGGAGAAAAGGCGACUUUCGGCCACAGACCGGACCACGUGGGAUACGAGGACCUUUGCCCACCGCCCCCAGACUGUCCGAAGUGUAAGCCGACUCUUUGUUCCAGCGAUGGGUCUCGAGUGUCUUACGCCGGGAUCACGGGAAGCGCUUUCGGGAAUUAUUCGAACGCUGCUCAUCCGAAGCGACUGCCGACCGGAAGUAAGAUAACUUCCUGCGUUUUGACGACUGCGGAAAUCCCCACAGAGCCCGUUUCGUGCCGGGAUAUUGUGGUCACAGAGAGAUCCCUGACAAAAUCGUGGAAUGCAAUGGGAUUCUCUGCUAUCCUUUCUAUGAUUAAACUUGGAAUUGAAUCAGGCUCGUCUCCAAAGAAAACACGCAACAGGUUGCAAAACACUCAACUAGAUGCCACUGCUCUGCGAGCGGAACUGAAUGUAACUUCGCCGAGAAACCUUCUGUUCGUCGGGAAAUCGCUUUCAUUGACAUUCUCGUCCUCAAUGCGGAAGCUAUUGGGAAGCAGCCAUGUGAUUUACAAAGGGUCGUUCUUUUACCAAACCAACGACCAGAACAGCACAAGGGUGGCCCGCUACGAUUUGAAGACCGGCAUCGUAACGACCAUGAUUGUUCCCGAAGCGGAAUACGCGAACGGGACGAGACUGUACAGUUCGAGACACUCGUUCUUUGAUUUCAACGUCGACGAGAACGGGAUUUGGGUCAUCUAUGGCCUUCGGAAAAAGAAGACCAUUGUCGUCGUCAAAUUCGAUCCGACGACGAUGCAAAUUGAUUAUGCUUGGAACGUGACGCUGGAACAUCACAAAGUCGGUGAUAUGUUCAUAGUCUGUGGAGUUUUAUACGCCGUGGACAGUCUCACUGAGGGAGAAACCAAGAUUAGAUUUGCUUUGGAUCUUUAUUACCACCAGCUGCUUAGCGACGUCGACUUGACUUUCAGCAACCCCUUCCGACAAAAUACCAUGGAAAUCAUCUCUUGGGACAAUGGGAAUCAAUUAGCAUAUCCCAUCAAGUACACAUCGAGCGGUGAUGAGGACUCAAACGGACCUGAUGUAAAUGCCCUUCAAGAACCGCCUUCAAAGGACGGCUUCGCUUUUGCUGGUUGAAUCCCGACGUGGCUCCGUCAUGGCAGCAGAGGCACGCUAUGGACUGAAAUAUAAAAAUUCGGCCGGCUGCAACAACGCCUAUUUUUUAAAGCCCCCCGCGCACGUUUUUUUUGUGUGUCGCUAAGCCCGCUUUUUCGUGUCUUCGUGUGUCUCUUAGGCUAGUGAAUCCGAAUGAUGAGGCAGCGGGGAAAAAAUCAUUUGAAACAGGCUCGUCUCCUUCCUCAAUUUUUUUCUGAUCGUAUCUGCGUGAGGCGAAUAAAUUCGUUUUCUUUUUCUUUGUUGCUGUUGGUGUCGAUCGACCUCUCAACUUCAGAUCAGAGGCCAUGCCUACUGGCGUAGUUUUUCGAUAGAAGAAGCGCGACAUCUGUUUCACUCGAAGCAGUCAAGCGAAGAAGGUUUCAUCUUCCACGCAACGUUGUCGAUGAAUGCAAGAAACUCACCUGGUUUUGUACGGUACUGUACAGUACAGUACUACAAUAGCAUGUCUCAGAAGACCGUAUCAAGUAAAGUUUGAGACUUGAUUCAAGUCGAAGUUGAGUGUUAGUUGGAAAGCAAAGCCCCAUGGGAUUCAAGUCUGACACAACGAUUGCACAAGGAGUGCGAAUUAGAUUUUCUUCAGCGGGUUUUCUGCCAUCAUCAGGAAGUAAAACCUGUAACCUGAUGAAAUACCUUACGGUAUCAAUUAUACCCCGGGAAAGAAAAAGGGUGCGAAGGGUUUCACAGCAAUUAUCGGAUUUGCAAAUAAAAUGCUUUCAUAAAACUCGAUUGCACAUGAUUUUGUACUGGAAGAAAUAAAAGCCACGUAGAAACACCACA